ACCUACCAGGUGAAUGACCGUGAAUCCCUGAUAAGUGAUAACACUGCGAGACUUUAAUCAGUUGACGUACCACCGAAAAAUUCAAAUUUAUUUAAAUCUCAAUCGGCCUCUGAAUGUGCGAGUAUUUAAAGUCCUACUUUUUUAGGCGAGAAGUCCUUGUGAGGCUUGUUUUUUGUGAAAGGAGGAACAUAACCUGCACGUAUACAAACCAUCACAAAAAAUGCGUUUCAUAGCCCAGCACAUCCACAGUUUGAUCAAGGGUUCCGGAAAUUCCAAUCGUGCGCUUGUGAGGUUGAUUAGCAGUUCGGCGAUCAAUUAUAACAUGGAAUCAAGUGAAGCUUUAGUAGAAGGGAACGAAAUCAUCGCCCAGUCAUUGAAAGCACAGGGUGUGAAGUAUGUUUUUGGAAUCGUGGGAAUCCCAGUGGUUGAGUUGAGUUUAGCGCUGCAAGCUGCUGGCCUUCAUUAUAUUGGAAUGAGGAAUGAGCAAGCUGCGUGUUAUGCAGCGCAAGCUAUUGGAUAUUUGACCAAGAAUCCUGCUGCCUGUCUUGUUGUACCAGGUCCUGGCUUGCUUCAUGCAUUCGGAGGCAUGGCAAACGCACAGAUCAAUUGCUGGCCAAUGAUCGUGCUUGGUGGCUCUUGUCCUGGUGAUCAUGAAGGCAUCGGAGGUUUUCAAGAAUGCAGACAAGUAGAGCUAAGCCAGCCUUACUGUAAAUACAGUGCGAGGCCUCCUAGUGCUUCUCUCAUUCCACUUCAUGUGGAGAAAGCUGUCCGUUUAUGUAAAUAUGGUCGACCAGGUGUCUCAUACUUAGAUUUUCCUGCUAACAUCCUAUCUCAGCAAAUCCCCGAGAAUCGGGUCGUUUCCGUACCUCAGUGCCCAGAACCACCAGUAUCAUGGCCAGAUCCAGCAUCCAUUCAAGAAGCAGUGAAAGUGCUAAAACAGGCCUCUAAUCCGCUUGUUAUUAUUGGCAAAGGUGCUGCCUAUAGUCAUGCUGAAAAGGAAGUCAGAGCCCUUAUUUCCAGUUUCAAUUUACCAUUUUUAGCGACACCUAUGGGGAAAGGAGUGGUCUCUGAUAAUGAUCCUAACUGCGUUGCGUCAGCAAGAACGUUAGCAUUGCAAAAAGCAGAUACUAUUUUACUUCUUGGUGCUCGUUUGAACUGGAUUCUCCAUUUUGGAAAGCCGCCCAGAUUUGACGCUAAUGUGAAAGUCAUUCAGGUUGAUAUUUCUCCUGAAGAACUGCACAACAGUGUCACUGCAGCAGUGGGCAUUCAAGGAGACGUUAAAGUUUCUGUAGAUCUCCUCGUGAAGAGCUUGGAGUCCUCCAACUGGAAGUUUGAUAAAAGUUCCUCCUGGUGGAAUCAGCUGAAAGCAAAGUGUGCAAGUAACAAAAGCACCAUCGAGAAAAUGGCUGAAGACAAGACAGUACCUUUAAAUUACUACACUGUUUUCAAACACAUUCAGGAAAUCAUUCCAGAAGAUAGCAUUAUUGUCAGCGAGGGUGCAAAUACUAUGGAUAUUGGUCGCACAAUGCUUGCAAACACACUUCCUAGGCACCGACUUGAUGCAGGAACUUUUGGGACCAUGGGUGUUGGUCUUGGAUUCGCUAUUGCCUCUGCUCUGUGGUGUAAGGAAUACGCCCCUCAAAAAAAAGUUAUUUGUGUAGAAGGUGAUGCAGCAUUUGGCUUUUCAGGAAUGGAAGUAGAAACCAUGUUCCGUUACAACCUUCCAGUGGUCAUCAUCAUAGUAAAUAAUAACGGUAUAUAUUCAGGAUUUGACUCAGAUGUGUGGUCUGACAUUCAGGGAGAUCGAGAGGACCUUGCUCUAAAGAAUCCUCCACAUGCUUUGACUGCCAGUGCCCAUUAUGAAAGGUUGGUGGAUGUAUUUGGGGGCAAAGGAUUUUAUUGUGUCACCAUUCCUGAAUUGCAAGCAGCUCUAAAGGAAGCUCUGACGAUCACAAAUGGCCCAUCGAUAAUAAAUGUCAUGAUAAAUCCGUCAGCUGGAAGAAAACCACAAACUUUUGGUUGGUUAACGGAAUCGAAAUUGUAAACCUUAACUGGCCCCCAAUCAUUCUAUUCAUGGUUUGGGAACACAAUCGGGAAAGUUGGAGCACUUACAUAUUUCAAGGUGGAAGUUUUAAAUUUACUCUUUUCCAUUAUUCAGUGUCAAAGAUUUCCUCCCUUCACCGCGAACUGAGAAACUGUUUUAUGCGAAUUUGUAAAAGAAGGUUGAAGGACAGAGGAAUAUAAAGACAUUGCCAAAGGGAAAACUUAAAAAACUACUAACAAUGGGGGUUCUAUCAAGUAAGGGUAUUGUGGGAUCUAAAUGGCCCCAAAAAAAUCUGAGCUCCAGCUACACUCCUCAGCAGCCUAAUUUUCUUGUUGAAUUCGGCAACAUAGGAACUUGGCCGUCAAGUAUAUUGUAUAAUUUUAUCCAAUUUAUAAGAUUUAAGCAACAAAACUCGAUUCUUUGAUAUACAUUGCUGAUUCAUUGCUAUCUUGCUUUAUAGCAUGGGUAUUAAAAAUGACAAAAGAAGUCUUUGCAUACUGCAUGUAAAGUGUGCUUACUAUCGUAAUCGUAAUGGUUUGUCAGAAAAUGUUAUUAUAUGAAAGACUGAUUGUGAGCAUAGCAUUAGUCCUCUUUAGCCUUGUACCACAUACUUAAUCAUCUUUGGUUGAAUUCGUGACAAUUUUAUUGUGAGCAAUCUAUUUUAACAGGCAAAAAUAAGUAGAAAGAGUUUUCUUGGUAAACUUUUGAUUUAUUCUCAGAUAUCUCGUAAUUUCUUAGAUCUCUUAGGAAUCGGCAAAUGUACCAAACCUGCCUUCUUGCAGAUUUUCAAUUUUCUACAUUCUUCAUUUUCUGUAUAAAAUAUUUGGACAAAUGAAUUUUUUCAAUUUUAAUAAUAGAAAAUAGUAGGAAUAAGAAAAUACAAAACAAUUGCCAUUUAAGCUUAGGGAACAACUAUCUGUAGUUCAUUUAUUACUGUGAUUUUUAUCAAGAUUAACACAAGAAUAAAUACAGUGUAAGCAAGUUUUUGUGAUACUAGCACCAGAGCAUUUAAUUACAGUAAGACCUCGAAUUAUCGGAUCGCGA